GACUUCAUGCGGUCGGUAUUGAUUUUCUUUCACAGAGAACGGUUCAAUGAGCGUGAGGGAUUGUCGAUUGUCUAACUAAAAACGGGUAGCUGAAUUUGAUGGAAUGUGGUAGUCAUUUUGUGGAAUUUACUUACUUUAUUUUAGUUUCAGAAAUGAACACCUAAUGCUUCAGCUUGUCAAGAUCCCUAGGAUAUUUUAUGUUUAUGAAGAGUCUUAAAAAACUGCGAGUUGACGUGUCUACAGCAGUUUAAAUCUCGCAGACAAAGAGAAAAUAUCGUCAAGAGAACCCUAAGGAUAAGGUUCACACAACACAAGGCUCUCUCAGUAGUUGGUCGCGGGCACAGUAUUCUACACAAUGGCGUUCUCGACUUCUAGGCCCCUGCAAUUUAAUUUCGGAUACACAUUUGUUUUUUUAACUGUUUUUACUAAUUUGAUAGUAACGGCACAGACUGAGGCUGGCUGUGAAAAUAUCAGGAACAUAUACCGUCGCAAAGGUUUUAGCUUGAAAGAUGUUCCAACCACAGCAUUACAAGGAGAACACAAGGGAACAUGUGGAGCAGGGUUUUCAUGUUGUACUACUGGGAUGGAGCAAAGACUAACAGAAAGUUGUGGCGAGGAGUUUGAGAGUAAUCUCUAUGAAGCCAGCUUUCUUGUACGAGAUAGCUACGUCUCCAAAGCAAAGAAAUUUGAUGAUUAUUUUGUAGAACUGCUUGAUAAUUCAGAGAAAGACUUCAGUACAAUGUUUGAACAUACAUACGGGGACCUAUACAAAGACCAUGAGGCUAUCUUCUCCUCGUUAUACGCGGACCUUCGUAGUUUCUAUCAAGGAAAGAAUGACGAUUUGGAGAGCUCGUUAGAUGAUUUCUUUGGGACACUUUUACAAAAAAUGUAUCUGCUACUUAACCCAGGAAGAUAUUCAGACGAGUUCAUGACAUGUAUUGCAGAUCACAUGCAUAUCCUUAAACCUUUCGGGACUAUCCCGGAUACGCUUACGACACAAAUGAGACGCUCGUUAAAUGCGGCCAGGACCUACGUUCAAGGCUUGGAUGCUGCACGAGAUAUCAUCACAAAGGCUACAAAGGAAUCACCGGUAACUGAAUGCAAGGCUGCCCUCGUUAAAAUGGAAUACUGUCAGUCGUGUAAAGAAGGGUCAGCUAAUGCCGCACCGUGUGACGGACUCUGCACAAAUAUUAUGAAAGCAUGUCUUGCGCAACAAGCUGAAUUAGCGGAUGAAUGGACUAAAUAUAUUGAUGCCAUGAAAAGGCUUGGUGAGAGAAUGAGCGCCUCAUUCAAUAUUGAGACCAUUAUUGAUUCAAUUAACGUCAAGAUUUCAGAAGGAAUAAUGAAUUACCAGGAAAAUACGCAACAUGUAUCUGAUAAGGUUUUGGAAGAAUGUGGCCAGCACAUUAGUAAGCGUUCAGCUGACGGGAAAAAGAAAAAAUCGAGGCAAGGAGAUUGGAGUAAAUACCGCCCUCAAGCUAACGGACCACAGACAUCUGCUGGAUCCAUUCCAACACUUAAUACUUAUAUUGUGGAAAGCGACAAGAUGCUGUCAAAUUCACGAGAUUUCUGGACAAAUCUACCUUAUAUGAUGUGUAGCGAUGAUGGAUAUGCAUCGGAGACAUCAAAUGAGAACUGCUGGACAGGUGUUGAAAUUGGAAUUUACAACACUGAAAUAGUAAACAGUGGUCUUGAGUACCAAAUUGGCAAUCCUGAAGUGGAUAUGGUUAGCACAAGCAAGAGGGCUGCCACCAUGGAAUAUCAGGCCCUGCUCAAAGCAGUAACAGCUCAACUUAAUAACGCUUAUAACGGAAAAAAUACAAUAUUUAUAGAUACAGAUGAUGAGGAUUAUGGAGGCAGUGGCAGUGGUAGUGGGUCUGGAUCAGGGGACAUACCAACAGAUGUCGUUGACCAUGUAUUCACAAGCACCACCAUUGACAGUGAUCCAAAAUACAGGCCUACAAGAUAUCCACCACCAGGAGGGCGCUCAUCCCAUGUCACGUCAACCUUAUCACUGUUACUUUGCUCAAUCUCAUUUUCACGUCUCUUCCGUAGUCAUUGAACAUGAGCCCUGAAACUUUUGAUAGAAACUCAAAUUGUUUAAAAAAAUAAUAUAAGAUAAAUUAAUAACUAAUGGUACUAUUAAGGCAUUCAACAAAAGAUGGCAUGGGAAUGGGCCGGUGGGGUUCCAUGAUUUUGAGCAUGAUUACAUAGUGUAAUGCAACUCUUGUAGGGAUGUAUUGCAGUACCUGCAGGUGUGUUUUGCAACCCAUGUGGGAAUGUAUUGUAGUACUUGCAGGGAUAAAUUGUUACUCCUGUAGGGAAGUAUUGCAGUACCUUCAGGGGUGAAUUGUAACCCCUGUAGGGAUAUAUUGAAGCACUUACAGGGGUGAAUUGUAACCCCUGUAGAGAUUUACUGAAGUACCUACAAGGUAAAUUUCAACUCUUGUGGGGGAACCAUUGUAGUACCUGCAGGGAUUUUUUUGCACUACCAGCAUAGAUGUAUAGUAGUGCAACAGCUGAGGAUACAGUGCACCUAGAUAUGCAAUAAGCCCUGAAUCCUGCCCCUGCCCCUCACCCCAAGGACAUAAGCUGAAUCAAAUAACUGAAAUUAACCAUUGUCAAUGUGGGAGGACGUUGUUAUCCACAUUUUGAUAGACUUGUACAAUGCUGCUGCUCCCUGUGAGAGGAAAGAAACUUCAAAGUCUACUUCCAAUACUCAAUUAUAAAUGCCAGAAUCAGGAAAUUUUCAGAGAAAAAAAAAUAUCCGUAAAUGAGAAUUUUUAAAAUUUAAAAGGUAAUAAUGAUUAUGGUAAAAUUGUGUAAUGUGUAUGAAAAAAUACCAAUGUUAUAUCUUUUGUUGAUUUAGCCUUGAAAAUACAUCCAAGAAUACAUUUAAAAUCUUGCUUUGUGCCCUAUGUGAAUAAGUGACGUUGAAGAUGACAUUUUUCAAACGUCACUCGCCAACGUGGACAAUUAGAUGCAUAUAAAUAGAUAAGGUUGCGUGAAAAAUUUAGUAACAUAUCUCUUCUCUUUUUUAUUUUAAUGUGUAAAGGUUAACUGUAAAUAGAGAUAUUGUGGUUUAAAGUUUGGAAAUUAAGGUAGAUAUUUACAGGCAUUGUGGCUGUAUACUGUAGGGUUUGUCAUAUGGGAAUUAUUAAAGGCAGUGGCUAUUGUUACACCAGUCUUAAACCAAUUCCUAAUUCUGGUUUGAUGUUAUUGUAUGAUUAGAACAAUAACAUCCAGUCAGGAUUAAGAAUUUGUGUAAGACUGGUGUAAGAAUAACCACUACCUUAUUUAGAAACUGAUGAAAAAUAUUUGUGCUUCAAGAUUUAUUUCUUAAUUGUAUGAAAAACCAGGUAUUUGUCCCUGCUUUUAGACAAAGAUUGUCUCACAACUGAAAAAAUGGGACAUAAUUUGAGGUUUUAAAUUGGGAUGGGUCAGUUCUGAACCAGCCAGUGCUAGAUCAAUUACAGUUCAUGUUAGAGUAUUCUAAUUUUAAGUAAGACCUACAUGUAUUAACGUCCAGAAUAAAUACUUAUUCCAGGCAUGAAAAAAUAAUGUUCCAGGUGUACAAAGCAGCUACAUUUUCCUGGAAUAGAUACAUAUUCAAAGAAUAGGUACUUAUUCUAACACUAAGUACUUAUUCAUGCACUAAUUAUUCUGGAAAUUGAUUCUCACUUAUUCCUGAACUAAGUACUUACUCCAGAAGUACAUGAUUACCUAUUUCUGGAUUAAAUACACUUUUCAGAAAUAGAUGAUUACUUAUCCUGGAAUAAAUACUUAUCCAGACUGCAAUUUGCUUUCUAUAGAUUGUACAGUAGAGUAUAAUGCUUGAAGCAUCUAUAGCUCUGUGAGAGUAUUAUUUAAAUCAGUAUUAAUAGGUACACACACAGGGACUAUAAUCAAAUGGGAUUUUAAUAUAUGGAUUGUAUAUCUAUGCUGAUAAUUUGAUGUGAGCUUUUGCUCUAUGCUAUGAGGUUUCCAUAAAGCUGGGUGCCUUGUAACAAAUACUUGAGAAGCUCAAUGAUGAUACUGUAUGCAUAAUGUACAAUUACAGUACAAGUAUAUCAGGACUGAUAUUUGCCUAAUUUCAACAUUUUGUGAGAGAUUCCACCAUAAAAUUGAUCCCUUCUACACACAAUGUUCUUCGUAUAGAGGAGACCCUUUGUUGUUUUAAAUUGUGUAGAUGAAGUAUGUUUUUAUUUACUGUAGUAGGUAUUUUAACUUUUUGAUUUGGAUUAUUUUCAUCAAAGAUUGAGUCUAAAAACUCUUGUUAUAAACAAGCUACCCAAUAACAAUUUUAAUCAUUUUGUGAUAUGUUGACAAACAAUAUUUUGAUGUUUUAAGGCAAACUCAAGGACUGUUAAGCCUUAAGAGAAAUAUAUGGCACAUAAAUAAUCAUGUCUAUUGUACAUUGUGGUGCAUUAUAACAUAGUUAGUUUUAAUAUAAGUGUAAAUGUACAUACUGUAGAGCGCCCUGUGUUAUUUUGAUGAUGUGGUAUUGUCUUCAACAAGUGAUGUUUUGAGUGCAAACCAAUCUUCCACUAGAAAAAAAAAAUCGCCCUCU